CAAAUGAAUCUGUACAUUUUCAUAAAAAACGCCAUAAAAUGUGCUCUAUUAGUGGAAUAUCUCAUAACCUAUGAGCGCACAUGUUUAAAUAUUGUUCUAAGGGAAAGCCAAACAAACCAAAGCUUCCAUAUACCACCGGCAAGCCACCAUCUCACCAAAAUCACAAUGACCAACAUGAGUACAGAACAAUGGAUUAGCACUAUUUACUAAUCCAUUACUACUACAUUUCUUUAAGAUGAGUAUUGGAACAAACUGAAGUAAUUACAGUAGUGCACUUAGUUGCACCUUUACCUGUUAGUAAAAUUUGUAAUGUCGUUCGACACCUCUGUUAGCAUCAUCUCUUUCCCCAGUGACUGAAAAUGGAGUCUGUGAUGGAGCUGCUGCUGGCUGGUCUGCUGAUUGUUCUUUCAACCUGGAUCUGGAAAAGGAGAGGCCUAAAACAGCUUUCAAGCACUCAACACAAUUCAGUGCAGGGAGCGCUGGAUCAGAGUCUUGCCACUCCUCCUGCUGGAUGCUCUGUUGUUUUGAAUGCAGAUCAUGGCACCAGUGUAACCGCUCCUACACUCAACAGCAACAACUUCUAUGGCCCAUCUGUUUUUAACUUCAGCACGAAUGCUGCUGACACUGAUUUGAUGGAAGCAGAUAAAUUAGAGAAACAUUCAGAAGCAAGUGUUCUCAAACAAAUUCUGGAGACUCACAAAGCCAACCUUAAGAAGAAAAUAGAGUAUAUUUUUGAGGGUAAAAUUGAUGUAAAAAAUAAGACACAUCUGAAAAAGGUAUACACACAGCUCUUCGUCACAGAAGGGGAACUCAAAGACGUCAACAGUGAACAUGAGAUUCUGAGAAUUGACAAAGCUUUCAGGAUGCAAAAAUGUCAGGACACUCCAAUCAACUGUAACGACAUCUUCAGUUUACCAUGGAAAAAUGAAGAGAACAAGGUUGUGCUGACCAAAGGCAUUGCUGGCAUUGGAAAAACAGUCUCUGUACAUAAAUUCAUUCUAGAUUGGGUUGAAGGAGAAGCAAACCAGGAUAUAGACUGCAUAUUUUUUCUUCCAUUCCGAGAGAUUAAUUUAAUUAAAUCGGAAGAGUACAGUCUUCAUGAGCUACUCCUAGAAUUCCACCCUGAACUGGAAGAACUGAAGGAAACAAAAAUGUAUGAGGCCUGCAAGCUUGGGUUUGUUUUUGAUGGGCUUGAUGAAAGUCAACUUCCGCUGGAUUUCAACAGCAGCAAUGUAAGAAGCAUAAAAAAGAAAGCAACUGUGGAUGCACUGAUCACGAAUCUCAUUAAGGGAAACUUACUUCCUUCUUCCGUAAUCUGGAUCACCUCCCGACCAGCAGCAGCCAAUAAAGUCCCUUCACAGUAUGUGAGCUUAUUCACAGAGGUGCGAGGGUUCACUGAUAAACAGAAAGAGGAAUACUUCAAAAAGAGAAUACCAGAUGAGACUAAAGCCUCUAAAAUCAUUUCCCAUAUUAAGACCUCUCGGAGCCUGUACAUUAUGUGCCACAUCCCUGUCUUCUGUUGGAUGACAGCUACUGUGCUUCAGGCAAUGCUGGUAGAAAACCAGGGAGAAGACAUUCCUACCACGCUGACUGAAAUGUACAUUCACUUUCUGCUCAUACAGAUGAACAUGAAGAACCAAAAGUAUGACCAGAAAGUCGAGCGAGACUUGACAAAGCUCCUGGAAUCAAACAGAGGAGUGAUCUUGAAACUGGCAAAGCUGGCAUUUGAGCAACUGAAAAGGGAGAACAUAAUGUUCUAUGAAGAUGAUCUGAGGGAGUGUGGUAUUGAUGUCAGGGGAGACUCUGAGUACACUGGAAUGUGCACAGAGAUCUUCAAGCAGGAAUCUAUACUUCAUGAGAAGAAGGUCUAUUGCUUUAUACAUCUGAGCGUUCAGGAGUUCCUUGCCGCACUCCAUGUGUUCUACUGCUACCUGAACAAAGACAAGGACGAGCUGCAGUUUCUGCUUGAGGGUCCGCUUCCAGAAGGCUUUACUUUCAUUGUGGAUUCUCCAAAAAAUGUGUCCUUAUAUUACCUACUGAUCAAGGCAGUUGACAAAGCUUGGCGGAGUCAGAGAGGAUAUCUGGAUCUUUUCCUGCGCUUUCUGUUGGGCAUCACUCUAGACUCUAAUCAGAAACUCCUCAAAGGCCUGCUAGCACAAACAGAGGAUAGCAAAGAGACUGUCGAGAAAUUGAUUAGAUACAUAACAAAAAUACAAAGGAAAGAUAUAUCAGCUGAAGCAUCCAUCAACCUCCUGUUCUGCUUGCUUGAACUAAAGGACCGCACCUUAUUCAAAGAAAUCCAAACAUACCUUAGUUCAGAGGAAACUCCAGAAGCAGAACUGCCACUUUCAGUCUGCUCAGCUUUGGUCUACAUACUUCAGAUGUCAGAAGAGAUACUGGAUGAGUUCAACCCCAAGGUGUAUAAUACAUCAAAUGCAGGCUGCAGGAGGCUGGUCCCAGCAGUGAGAUGCUGCAGAAAAGCUCAGUUUAAUAGCUGUGGACUCACUGAACAGUGCUGUGAGACUGUGGCUUCAGCCCUGCAGUUACCAAACUCCCCUCUUCGAGAGCUGGACCUCAGUAACAACUCACAGAUGAAUGCAGGAGCAAAGCUGCUUUCUGAAGGAUUAAUGAGCCCACAGUGUAAGAUGGAGAAAAUGAGCUUGGCAAGUUGCUAUUUCAGCAAAGAACAGUGUGAAGUUAUUGCAUUGGCUGUAAACUCUGCCUCUUCACCCCUGAGAGAACUGGACCUGAGCUAUAAUGACCUGCAGGAUUCAGGAGUGAAGCUGCUCUCAGAUGGUCUCAAAACCUCUGACUGUAAACUUGAGAAAUUAAGAUUGGGCUGGUGUAAACUGUCUGCAGACAGUUGUAAGACACUGACUUCAGUAUUCAGCUCCAGUUCACCACUGACAGAGCUGGAUCUGAGUAACAAUGACCUGCAGGAUUCAGGAGUGAAGUUCCUCUCUGCUGGACUGGAGAAUCCAAACUGUAAACUGGAAGUACUGAGGUUGUCUGGGUGUUUAGUCACAGAGAAAGGCUGUUCACAUCUGGCUUCAGCUCUUAUUUCAAACCCCUCAUUCCUGAGAGAGUUGGAUCUGAGCUAUAACUACCCAGGACAAUCGGGAGGAAAACUGCUCACUGGCAAACUGGAAGGACCACAGUGUAGACUGCAGAUACUGAAUAUGGAUGCAGGAGGAGAGUGUAGGAUCAAAUCAGGACCAAGAAAAUAUGCCUGUGAGGUCACUUUAGACUCAAAUACAGCACACCGAAAUCUUCGUCUAUCAGAAGGAAACCGAAUGGCAACUCGUGUGUUAGAACUACAGGGUUAUAAGUCAAAUCCAGAAAGAUUCCAUCAUAGUAUGUAUGUGUUGUGUAGAGAAAGCCUGUCUGAUCGCUGUUAUUGCGAGGCUGAGUUUAGUGAAGAUUUGACAGGCGUGGCACUGACGUAUAAAGGAAUUGAAAGAAAUGGAAGGGGUGAUGACAGUACAUUUGGAAGCAAUGGAAUGUCCUGGCAGUUGGUAUGUUAUGGUAGCAGGUUCACUUACUUUGCAUUUCACAAUAAUGGGAGAACUGAGAUUCCUGCCUCUUCCUUUUACUCAAACAGAGUAGGAGUAUAUCUGGACUGGCCAGCUGGCAUUCUGUCCUUCUACAGCGUCUCCUUGGACACACACGCACUGACCCACAUACACACUUUCUACUCUAAGUUCACUGAACCCCUAUAUGUAGGGUUUAGUUUUGGGAAUGUUGACUCAGUAAUAUCUUUGUGUUAAGAAGCAAAAAAACUAAUAUUUGGCAUCUACAUAUUUGACUGAUAUGCCCACAAUAGCCAAGUAAUAUUAAUUAAUUAUAAAGCCCUGCUGGUGACAUCCCAUAUAAAUAAAAAUAAUGCAUGGCACAACUUAGUAAGUCAUGGGUCUAAGAUUAUUAAGUCGUGGAUACGACUUAGUAAGGCGUGGGAAUGAGAUGGCCAUGCAUUAGGAUCUCGUUCACACGCCUUACUAAGUCAAAGCCACACAUUAGAAUCUUGUUCCUACACCUUCGUUAGUCAUGGCCCAGACUUAAUUAUCUUGUUCCUAUGACUUACUAAGUCAUGGCCAUGUAUUAUUUUUAUUCAUAGAGGAUGUCACCAGUGGGGAUUCAUACGUAAUAUAUAUUUAUUAGUAUUGUUUUUUUUUUUGCUGGACCAUCCAGUGGGCCAACCUAUAAGAGUUGGCGUGUCUUAAUGAUUUAGUGACUCAUUGAAGUCCUAUGUGAAACAUGCAUGCACAAAAGCAAGAUAAGCAGCAGGUAGCACUAUACACUAUUAAAUCUCAUCCUCAUACUUUCUUAAAACUACCAAUUGAAGAAUUAUAAAUUGUGAAAAAAGCAGAAACACAUUCAUCAAAUCAUAUUAUGGGUCUUAAUAAAACAAUGACUUAAUAA